GUGGGUUGAAUCUGCAGAUGUGGAACCUGAGGAUAUGGAGGGCCAACUGUAUAUAUUUUUAUCAUCUGCUCCUUCUAAUAGAUAGAUGGGGUCUUGCUGUGUUGUCCAGGCUGGUCUCAAACUCCUGGCCUCAAGUGAUCCUCCAGCCUUGGCUUCCCAUAGUGCUGGGAUUGCAGGCAUGAGCCACCAUGUCCAGCUUGAAGAUAUAAUAUUGUAUCUAGGAUUUUCAAAUCCAUGUUGAAAACUGGGCCUUGAUUGGUUGAGUCAAGUGAGCUGAUUGGUUGAUUCAGGCGAAAGCAACAACAAUCAAAGAAGCCUUAGCGAGAUGGGAAGAGAAAACUGGCCAGAGGCCAUCUGAAGCCAAAGAGAUAAAACUUUAUGCCCAGAUUCCCCCUAUAGAGAAGAUGGAUGCAUCCUUGUCCAUGCUUGCUAAUUGCGAGAAGCUUUCACUGUCUACAAACUGCAUUGAAAAAAUUGCCAACCUGAAUGGCUUAAAAAACUUGAGGAUAUUAUCUUUAGGAAGAAACAACAUAAAGAACUUAAAUGGACUGGAGGCAGUAGGGGACACAUUAGAAGAACUGUGGAUCUCCUACAAUUUUAUUGAGAAGUUGAAAGGGAUCCACGUAAUGAAGAAAUUGAAGAUUCUCUACAUGUCUAAUAACCUGGUAAAAGACUGGGCUGAGUUUGUGAAGCUGGCAGAACUGCCAUGCCUCGAAGACCUGGUGUUUGUAGGCAAUCCCUUGGAAGAGAAACAUUCUGCUGAGAAUAACUGGAUUGAAGAAGCAACCAAGAGAGUGCCCAAACUGAAAAAGCUGGAUGGUACUCCAGUAAUUAAAGGGGAUGAGGAAGAAGACAACUAAUGCCACGCUUUCCACUGUGUUAACUUAUUUAAAUGUCAUAAGAACAAUAGAUAAAUUUUAUAUAAUUAUCUAUUUUAAAGAUUCUGUAUGGGACAAAAGUUUCUUAAGAUAAAACAGAUCACUCAUUCUCAUCUUUUUUUUUUCCUUUAACUUAUUCAGUGUUUCUCCCCAAAACUGGUAAUGCCAACCUUAUAUAUCCUAUUCCUCUUUUUAGAAACCACAAUUUUCAAUUUUUGUCUUCAGUCUCAGUUACGUACUGUGUAGCCCCAUCUACUAAAACAAAACCUUUGUAGACCAGUCAUCUUUAAUAACAAAGGAACAAAUGUUUUUUUCA